UGGCGUUCGGCCUUGUUGAGACCUUCAGUGCUGCCCAGUCAUUGUGAAGUCAGAACUAAAGGCGGGUGGAGAAUCCGCUCGUGCUUGUCGGAGCACCCACUAACGUACCAGGCGGCACUCUCAUCCGUCGUGUUGCAAACCAAUCGACGCGCGAACGCGUUUUCAUUUCGGUGAACGAGAGAGAGAGAGAGGAGAAUUCAUUUUGCGUUUCGUCGAGCCGGCACGUUUGUUGUUGAGUGAGGCGGCUGUUGUAGACGUCGUUGUGGUUAUCACUUCUCCCCGUUUUGACUGGAAAUGCCCGACCUUGUCUCAGCUACCUGCGGGCUGGAGCGGUAGCCUGACAUCGUCAAACGUGGUCCAAGACUUUUGUCGUACAUCACCCAGCUGGAGACAUAAUGAGCGAGGCGACAAAGCCGGAUGGUAGUGAGUCAAUCGUAACCGUCGUUGAGACACCCGAAACGUUGACGGGUGAAAAUGAAAGGCAGACAGAGAGGAGUGGUGUGGAGAAGUCUGGGGAUGAUGUUGCUGAGCGAUUGGAGUCUGUUAUGGGCAGGAAGGGGUCCCACGUUGACGAGGCCGAGGCGGGCAGUCAGAGCGACUACGAGGAGGACGAUGAGAGAAACGUCGAGGCGGUGGAUCGUAGUCCAAACGGACGCUUUCUCAAGUUUGAUGAGGAGGUCGGUCGCGGCUCGUUCAAGACCGUUUACAAAGGUCUCGACACGGAGACUGGAGUGGCAGUGGCGUGGUGUGAACUGCAGAUGAGGAGGUUCCAGAAGCAUGAUCGUACGCGUUUUCGUGAGGAAGCCGAGAUGCUCAAGUCGUUGCAGCAUCCAAACAUUCUCAAGUUUCACGACUAUUGGGAAUUGAAUGGAGCAUUGGGAAAGAAGGGUAUUGUGCUAGUCACAGAGUUGAUGACAUCAGGAACACUGAAAACGUAUCUGAGACGAUUCAAAGAGAUCAGACCUAAAGUGAUGCGUCGGUGGUGCGGUCAGAUUUUGAAGGGUCUUCACUUCUUGCACACUCGAUCGCCACCGGUUAUACAUCGAGAUCUCAAGUGCGACAAUGUGUUCAUCACUGGAUCGUCGGGCCUUGUGAAAAUUGGAGAUCUCGGAUUGGCUACCCUGAGGAAGAGAUCGUACGCUACAAGUGUGAUAGGCACACCUGAGUUUAUGGCCCCAGAAAUGUAUGAUGAGAAGUAUGAUGAAGGUAUAGAUGUAUAUGCUUUUGGCAUGUGUCUACUGGAAAUGGCUACUAAUCAGUAUCCAUAUUCUGAGUGUUCCAAUGCGGCUCAAAUCUAUCGAAAAGUCACAAGUGGUUUGAUGCCCGAUUCUCUCGAGAAAGUCGACCAACCGGCCAUCAAAGAGGUCAUUAUGGGAUGCAUCAAGACCAACAAAGCAGAAAGGUUUACGAUUGCCGGACUGCUUCGGCAUCAGUUUUUCUCGUCAGACGAUGAUCCUCGAGUUGUAGUUCACGCCGAGAAGGUAAAUAGCAAUAAGAUGCCCAUGCAGAUUGUGUUUCAAAACAAGAAGGAGAGCGGAAGAGCAAAGGAGGCGAUCGAGUUCACAUACGAUCUAAAGAAAGACGAACCGAAUGAAGUUGCAACCGAAUUGUGUAAAAGUGGUCUCAUCACCACUGAGUUGACGUCUCAUGUGGCAGACAGCAUUCGUAGUCAUUUGAAGCGUCACGCUGCGAGUGCCGCCGACGCAUCGGGAACGGUCGCAGUUGCUCCUUCUCGAGAGAAGACGGUAAUCCAGUUGGCUUCUGGACCUUCGGUCACCUCGGUUGCUGCUGUAGUCACGUCUGUGACUAACGAACCGACGAGUGGUGACUCAGGCAUAGGAUCGUCUGUCGUGACGACAUCAACGUCGAGCAGUUUGGCAACGGUGAAAGAGUCGUCUAUAUUGUCUACAGUGGAUUCCCCAGAAGUUGAUGUGCCCCCAAGUGCACCUGUUACCGACAGUGAGUUGCCACCAAAGACUGGUGCUAUGUCUCCUCCUCCGCCUCCUUUUCAGAGAACAGACAGUUCUGGUACAAAGGUGGCUGAACAAGCUACUCAGGUACAAGAUAAUGUAACUGUGGAUUCGUACACGGAGGGUAUCAAGCGUAGUGACAGCAUUGUUAGUGCUACCGAUGUGAUGGGCGGCUCGAGGAACAAAGGCAAACAGCAAAAGAAAUCGAGCAAGAUUCCGCGGUUGUCGUUGGGCCGUGUAGUGGGCGACAUGGCAUACUGUGUAUUGCAAGCAAAGAACCAGGAGAUCGACUUCCAAUUUAGCACUGCGGACGACAACAUUGAAGAUAUUGCGGAAUCAAUGGUUGGUAACCGACACAUUGAUCCUACACACAAGGAUAUAUUCAUUAGCCUCGUUUUAGAGGCUGUCAAGGUGGCUCGAGAAUACGGAGCUGACGGGGCAGAACACAAGGUACAUCAUUACAUUCAACUACCCAGAGAAGGAGGACCCGGCCAGACAGGUAAUGGUAAAGCAGACGAAACACUUAGAGAACGAUCGGGAUCAUUUAAAGAAGAUGGUAGUGGUAGAGACGGUCAGGUGGCUCACAGUGAGUUUAAGCCUGACGGGAGUAAAGGUGCCGAGGCUGAGCAAAGAAGCCAGCAGGUACUAGGUAACAAUGAUGGAGUAAGCAUACCAGUUGUACAAGGAGUUCAAGAUAAUGUGGCGGAGGUGCAACUUACGACAGUACAGUCGAAUCAUCAGCCGGUACAAAUCCAGCACGAAGAUGAAGAAUUUGUGGAUAGACAGUUGGGUGUACCGUUGAGUGAUUCUGUAACGUCUCAAUCAGUACGAGAGUCGGAGUCUGCGGUGCCGUCUUCUGUUGAAAGGAGCGGCUCUGGACAAGAUUCGUUUCUGUCGUUGGGAAAUGCUCCGAUAGCGUCGAAUGUUUCUGACGAGUCGUCUGCGACGUGCAGCGAUCAGAAUAACACGAACGUGUUGGCACUGGUUAGCGAACCAAGGAAGGUAAGUCGUUUCAUAGUGGACGACGUGCCCGGGCCGGACAACGACCAGCCGAAUGACCAACCAAGUGAAAAAACUGUUAGUAAUCAGAGAGUGCAAGAGAGGGAGGUGAAGACGGAGCAGAAGUUUGAUAAUGGCGAGGAACCUCAUGUGAUAGAAUCCGAGAGCGAAACGAAACGUGAAACGACAGUUCUCAAGCAGUUGGCUCUUUUACCAACAACGCUCACUCAUUCAACAGAAAUACAACAGACAGUUGGUCAUUCCUCACAUUUGGAAAGUAAAUCACAGCCACUUGAAGAGCAGCCAGCCAGUCUUCAGCCGGAGAAGGAAAAGCUGAAAUUAAAACACGGGACAGACAGAGAACACGUUGAAGGUGAUCUCAACGAGCCACGGUCGCCAAGAAGUCCGGGUGUACCUAUAGAUCAACAAUCGAGUAUCGUCUCGGUUCAUCAGCACGGCGGUCCAAGCAUUGGUGCUGUCAGCAAUCCAAUGGAGUAUGUAAAGAUGCAGACAGUUGGGCAGUCGACUCAGUCUGUAGAGACCUCGGGAUCGAUUGUCACAGCAGACAGCAGCGAGCCAGCUGGUUCUGGUUCUGGGCACAGCUCACGUCAACAUUCAAUCAGCGGUUUGCCAGAUUCGGAAAGCGACAAGCUUCGUCAGUUAUACUUCCACACGUCGGGAUCGAACACUCCCGGCAUGUCAGACACCGAGGACGACGAGCAAAGAAGCUUGCCAGCUCGGACAGAACUCUUAGAAACUUUCUACAAGUUAAAGCAAGAAGAAGAGGACUUGACGACAACAUUGGGACCACUGAAAGCUCGAGUGGAAGGACUCCAAAAGCGUCUUGAAACCGUUCAAUCACAACUGAAAACAGUAAAAUCUGACUUGAAUCCUGACGACAUGCAAGGAAAACGAUUGAAAUCGGGUGAUGAUUUGAGUCGUGGCGUGCCUAAACCGAAUGAGGAGUCAUCUCGUGGACUGCACUUGGUCGUUCAAAGUCGGUCUCAAACUCGAAUUUUGGAUCCAGUGGGCGAAAGCAAAAAGCCAGAACCGAUGCAAAGAGAGCAGCGACCGCAAGGGCUAGAGCAGCGACCGCAAGGGCUAGAGCAGCGACCGCAAGGGCUAGAGCAGCGACCGCAAGGGCUAGAGCAGCGACCGCAACUGCUAGAGCAGCGACCGCAAGGGCUAGAGCAGCGACCGCAAGGGCUAGAGCAGCGACCGCAAGGGCUAGAGCAGCGACCGCAAGGGCUAGAGCAGCGACCGCAAGGGCUAGAGCAGCGACCGCAAGGGUUAGAGCAGCGACCGCAAGGGUUAGAGCAGCGACCGCAAGGGUUAGAGCAGCGACCGCAAGGGUUAGAGCAGCGGCAAGUGAAGUUGAAGGAAUCGGAGAAGAGGCGAGCGAGUGAACUCCCGAGCAGCAAACCUCAAGCGGGAGUCCCACCUGCGACAUCCGUUCAGUCGAUUCCAUCCAAACCGUCAACCGAUAAGAAGCAGACAGUGAAUCAUCGGAAGGAACAGCGAGGAGAGGACCGAAAAACCGUCGAGAGUAGACCCGUCCAACGACCUAGUGCCACCGUACAAGGUUAUCCACCGCCGAAAUCUCAAUCCCAAAGUCAACUGAAAACGGGCCAACAAAAACCUCAAGCAGGACAACAGAAACAGCCACCGCUCGUGCCGCAGAUACCCACACAGUCGAUGCCGCAGAAGCAAACGCGUGCGCCCAUGCAGCAGCAGCAAAAGCAGACUCAACCGAAACAGACACAGUCAGUCUCCCAGAUGCAUCUACAGUCCGUUCCACCGCAUCAGAAGUCCGUAUCAAAUUUUGUGCCGCCGCCGCAGCAGCAGCAGCAGCAGCAGCAUCACCCGGUUCUCAGUCACGGGAGUGUGUAUUUACAAAAUCAAGUCGAAUGGACAGAAUUCACCGGUGACCCUCGUGUGACACCACAACAGUCUAUCGGUUUCGUACCAACGUCGCAGUCGAAUCAGGCUCUCCCCUCAUCUCAGAGUGCCCAGAUCCUGCAGCCGCAGCACGUCCUAAAGCCCGACCUGCAGAAAUCGACGCUCGACGAAUUCGAUCCGCUAAGCCAGGGAAAGCAUCUCGCCGACGAUCCGUCGCAGAAUUAGGUCAUAACCCUUGUGAUAUAUUUAUUGACGCAGUACGCAAAAUGGGUGAUGUGUAUAGCUCUUUGAAUAUUGGUGUUUAAUCUUACAGAGUGAUUGUUAUCGUACAAGUGGGUCGAGGACAUGGUUGCAAGUCGUAUGUGCUGACAACCUUAUAAAUUGCAGUGUUUAGGCCUGUAGUUUUGUAACUGAUUUCUAAUUACAUAAUUGGGUACGGUUGUAGUUCCCUAUUGUCAACAAGCA